AUGGUUUUCCUCGAAGAUCCUCAGCCUCAUUCAGCAUGUAAUUAUGUUCAAACUGAGCCUCAUCAACCAGUAUUUACAUCAAAUCCAUUAAAAAAGUUAGCAAUUGUAGCCUCAAUAGCAGCCGGGGUGCAAUAUGGAUGGGCAUUGCAAUUAUCACUUUUGACACCAUACACACAACUUCUUGGUGUAAAACAUGCUUGGGUAUCCUUUGUUUGGCUCUGCGGCCCAAUCUCUGGCUUGGUAUUCCAACCUACAGUUGGGUACUAUAGUGAUCGGUGCACUUCGCGUUUUGGGCGGCGCCGCCCAUAUAUCGUGGCCGGUGCCCUCCUCCUCUCCUUUGGGGUACUUCUCAUUGGCUUCGCGGCUGAUAUAGGCCGCGCUUUAGGCGAUUCACUUAUUUACGGGAGUAAACCAAGAGCCGUUGCUUGUUUUGUGCUGGGAUUUUGGAUUUUGGAUAUAGCGAAUAAUAUAAUACAAAGUCCUUGUAGAGCGCUUUUGGCUGAUCUUUCUGAAGGUAAUGAUGCAAUGGUGACAAUUGGAAAUGCGCUUUUCGCCUUUUACAUGGCUGUAGGGAAUAUCUUAGGCUAUGCUGCAGGUGCAUACUUGAAUAUUUAUCACAUUCUUCCAUUCACAAAAACUGAAGCUUGUGAUAUCUACUGUGCAAACCUAAAAACGUGUUUUCUCAUCUCUAUUCUCCUCAUAGCAGUCAUAAUCACAUUAGUUUGUGUUACAGUUAAGGAAGAAAGGCUUGAUCCUUCUAAUUUAAUGCAAUACAAACAGGGCAUUAAUGGGGAAGAAGUGGCCCCAUCACUUUUGACUCAACUUGGCACAGCCAUUAGGAGUAUAUCAGAGCCAAUGAAAAUCUUAUAUGUGAUAACAGCGCUUACUUGGGUAGGUUGGUUUCCAUUUAUACUGUAUGAUACAGAUUGGAUGGGCAAGGAAGUGUUUGGAGGAAGUCCUGUGGGUGAUCCAUUGCAAAUUAAAAUGUAUGAUCAAGGUAUACGAGAAGGUUCGUUGGGAUUAAUAUUGUAUGUGGUUAUGCUUGGUGUUGUGUCUUUGUUCAUGGAGCCAAUUUUGAGGUUUCUUGGGAGUGUAAGACGUGUUUGGGGCAUUGGGAAUAUGAUUCUUGCAGCUUGUAUGGGAUUAACGUUGUUGAUCACAAAAAUGGCUGAGGAUGCUCGGCAUACUGCUCUCAAGGAAACUGGAUCUGCACUUAUUCCGCCACCUCUUGAAGUGAAAGUGUCUUAUUUUGCUCUUUUCACAGCCUUGGGUAUACCUCAAGCGGUAAAGUCACUUCAUGAUCAUCGACGUGUCACGUUUCGAGUUAACUACUUUAAUUCGAGAUGA